AUACAGGGACUAUUAUUCAAACACAAAGCACCCUUACACAUGUCAACGAGAGCUUAAAUUCAAAUUUUGACCCCUGCAAACAAACCCUCACUCCAAAAUUCAAAAUCACACUCACUCACUCACACAAUUUCACCCCAAAAUCACCAUCAUUCUUCCAGUUCCACCUACAAUAAUAUCUCUCAUGUUAUUCUAGAGAGAGAGAGAGAACCUCUCAUUGAAUUUAAACAACUGUGUUUCUAGAGAGAGAAACAUUCAACGCAAAAUCUAGGGUUUGAAUAAACUGCUUGUGAAACAGGAUGAAUGCGGUAGGUAGACACGGUCAAAGUCAAAGAUCCGGUGCGUCUGGAGCUCAUCACCAGCGGCAAUACUCCGAUAACUUUUUGGAAGCCACAUCUUCGUCGGCUAACGGCCGGUGGCUACAACCGGCUUCCAACGCUUCUUCUGACUUUGGUUAUCAAGGUGCUAGAAUGUAUAAUAAUAGUAGUAGGAAUGUUGGUGCGCAAAGGUCGUUUAGCGGUGGGAGUGAUUUGUUUGUUGAGGCGUUGACGCCACCGCGACAGAAGCACGGUGGCGGUGAUGACAACAAUGGAUUUAGUCCUGGCUUGUUAGAUCUGCAUUCGUUUGAUACCGAGCUUAUCUCCGAGGUGCCUGUAACCGGAACUUAUGGUGCUCCGAUGUAUAACAGUGAUCGUGGCAGAGGCUUUGAUGAUGUAGAGACAUAUUUGGGGAAUAACAAACAGGCUAGUAAAGCUCGAGGUUUGCCUGAUAACAGUCUUUUAAAAAGUUUUGCUCCAGAAAAGGAGAAGGCGAGCAAUGUUGCCAAGAUCAAAGUUGUGGUGCGCAAGAGACCCUUGAAUAAAAAGGAGUUAGCAAAGAACGAGGAAGAUAUUAUUACUACUGAGCCCCAUUCCAAUUGCCUUACAGUUCAUGAGACAAAACUCAAGGUUGAUCUCACGGAAUACAUGGAGAAGCAUGGAUUUGUUUUUGACGCGGUACUAAAUGAAGAGGUUUCUAAUGAUGAGGUUUAUCAUGAAACUGUUGAGCCCAUAGUUCCAAUAAUUUUCCAACGUACCAAAGCUACAUGCUUUGCGUAUGGACAAACAGGAAGUGGAAAGACUUUCACAAUGAAACCCUUACCUCUUAAAGCAUCUAGGGAUAUCCUCAGGCUCGUGAAUCAUACCUAUCGUAGCCAAGGUUUUCAGUUGUAUUUUAGCUUCUUCGAGAUCUACGGUGGGAAACUCUACGAUCUCCUCAAUGACAGGAAGAAAUUGUGCAUGAGGGAAGACGGUAGUAAACAAGUAUGCAUUGUCGGUUUACAAGAAUACAAAGUCUCAGAUGUGGAAACAAUAAAAGAGCUAAUCGAAAGAGGGAAUGCAACAAGAAGUACCGGAACUACUGGUGCCAAUGAGGAAUCUUCUAGAUCUCAUGCCAUACUUCAACUUGUCGUCAAAAGAUCUAUUGACGGAAGCGAAACUAAACCUCCUAGAGUUGUUGGGAAACUCUCGUUCAUAGAUCUUGCUGGAAGUGAACGCGGUGCAGAUACUACGGACAAUGAUAAGCAAACAAGAAUGGAAGGUGCUGAGAUUAAUAAGAGCUUGCUUGCAUUGAAGGAAUGCAUAAGAGCUCUUGAUAACGAUCAGGGUCAUAUUCCGUUUAGAGGCAGUAAAUUAACUGAAGUUUUGAGGGAUUCGUUUGUUGGAAACUCACGAACUGUUAUGAUUUCUUGCAUUUCACCAAAUGCUGGAUCUUGUGAGCAUACGCUUAAUACCCUACGAUAUGCCGACAGGGUGAAAAGUCUCUCAAAAGGGAACAAAAAAGACACGACUUUUAGUUCCAAGGAACCAACAGCAGUGUCGAUGUCUACUACUGCUUUACCCCGAGUUUCGUCAUAUGAAGAUAACAUGGUUGAUUCAUAUCUUGAACAAGUCGAAGAAGACGAUUAUGAAUCCGCAGAAGAGUUUUAUGAGGCUGAACAACCGUCAUGGAAGAAUAAUAACUCUAAAGUUGAACCUUAUAGCUUCUCAAAUGCACCGGAUAAGAACAGGAGAACCAACGGUCAAACAAAGUCAAAGGAGCUACCUAAAGCUGAAUCAAGAAACUGGAACCCUGAUGACGAGUUGAAUGCCCUUUUACAGGAGGAGGAAGAUCUUGUCAAUGCGCACCGGAAACAAGUUGAGGAUACCAUGGAUAUUGUUAGAGUGGAGAUGAACCUAUUGGUGGAGGCAGAUGAACCAGGGAACCAGCUAGACGACUAUGUGGCAAAACUGAACACAAUCUUGGCUCAGAAGGCUGCAGCCAUUUUACAACUACAGAACCGUCUGGCUCAUUUUCAAAGGCGUCUUAGGGACCAUGAUGUGUUAUUGUCAUCUGGUCAGUAAAUGGUUAGGAUUUGUUGGUCAGAAUAUGGAAGUUAAAUCAGUUGGGCUUUAUACAGUAUUUUGGGUUACAAAAUAUUCACCCUGGUUAUGGGUCAAAUCUUGUCAUUCAUUGUUGUUUCAUGCUAUGUAAACUCAUGAUAAAAGAUGAUUCAUUUUCGAUUUUCCCCCCUGA